UGUGUGUGGGUGUGCGGGUGUGAGUGUGUGUGUGUGUGUGCAGCUGUCGCUCUCCCUCCCUGCAGGCGGUUUGGCUUCUGCAGCUGAUCGUAGUUUGGCAGACGCUCAGAAACUCUCCGACAGCCAGGAAGUGUGUGUGAGUGUGUGUGUCCUUGUGAAGGUAACGCAGGCAGCAGCUCGACAUGAAUCGUCUUCUGAACGUUCCUGCGGCGGCCGUCCGGGCCUUCAGCAGCUCCAGCAGGAACCUGAAGAACAAAGUUCCUGAGGCGCAGAAACUCUUCCAGGAAGACAACGGGCUGCCGGUCCAUAUCAAGGGUGGAACCAGCGAUGUUCUGCUGUACCGGGCCACCAUGUUGCUGACUGCCGCAGGAACCUGCUACUCCCUCUACUGGCUGCUUGUUGCCUCCAUGCCUAAGAAGAAGUAAUGAGAUUAUCAGCAACGCAGCAACGCUAAACUGAAACCUUCAUCUCUGAUGCUCGUUUGAAAGCAGGAGAAAAUAAAGUUGCUCAGUUUCUCUGUG